CUGAGCCAGCUUGCCCUUACAAAACUUGGAUGCAUUCUUUUUUAAUUGUGUUUUAUUAAACCUUUAAGCUGUUAUUAAGCUUACCUUCAUAAUGUUAUUGUCCUAAGAACCGAAUGAACUUCCUCGAAAUAUCGGAACAUUUGAAUAAAUUGAUUGUUCUGGUGUAACCUAGCGUGUAUAGUUUGAGCACCUGUUUGUACGGCAAACUGUUAAUGUUGUGGUGCCAUGUCUCAAUACCAUUAAUUAUGAUCGUCUGAUUCUAUUUGUUAGAGUGUGAAGUGAUUUGAAUCAAGCGAAUAUUAUAGAAUCACUAAGAUGUCAGAUUCCCCGGUCGCUAACAUUGUUAGCGAGAUUUUGAGAGUUGUAGCAGUAGAAGAAGCAUUCAGUUGCUUCUUAGUUCAUAAACCAGAGGAAGAAAAUGAGAUGUUAGGAAUGUAUCAGAAGAGACUUAGUGGCAUCAUGACCCAUUUGAGCACGGAGAUGCAGGAAUCAGCUCUGCGCCAGUACCUGACUCCUACGGCUGUGCUAACUAACCGUUACAAAAUGAAACAGCUGCUUGUUCUCUUAGAGAAUUUGGUGAACACAAAUGUUAUUCAGGCUCGAAUGUUAUGUGAUUGUAUUUUGACCAAUGAAAAACUAACCUAUCAAAAUGCUGAUUUUUGGAUUGAAAGUUUCAAUUUAAUCAAGAGGAUUAUCGGAGGAGUAGACUAUAAAGGUGUAAGGGAAAUAAUGAAAGGAUGCAGAGAAAAGGCUCACACAUUACCAGUCAGGCUAAACUCAAGUACAAUGCCCCAACUGAAAGCAUUGUACAGUGUAAUCGAAUAUAUAUUUGACAGGAAUGCUUCUUUAUUACCUGCGUAUUUCAUUGUCACUGAAAUUCAAAAGGACUACCCUGGUAAUAACCAUUGGCCGCACUGGCAACUGGCAAAACUUCUCUCUAGCUUUGUGGAGAGUUUCAAACCAUGUGCUCAAAUGGUUUCUAUUAUUGGACAUUCACAAAUGUUACCUGUUGUUGAGUUUUCUGGCUAUGCAGAUCAUCUUGUAAAUCCAUGGCGACUAGAUCCCACAACAUUAAAGUUCUCUCUAAAGGGUAAUUUGCCUUAUGAUGAAGAACUUCUAAAGCCCCAGAUUUCAUUGCUGAGACAUGUUUUGCAACAACCAUACUCUAGAGACAUGAUGUGUUCAAUGCUUGGCCUCCAGAAGCAACAUAAGCAACGAUGUAUAGCAUUAGAAGAUCAAUUAGUCGAACUUAUGAUUCUGCCAAUGGAAAAAAGCGAACAAGAAAAUGAAGACGAUGAAAUGUCUUCAUCACAUUGGUGUUGGCUUCAUUUAUCAUCACAGGUCAUAUACUUGAUCCUCAUUGGAUUUGCUUCUUUCCCCAAUAUCGUGAUGGGUCUCCACAGCAAAUUGAUUGGCCAUGAUAUGAAAAAAGGUAGAGACCACCUCAUGUGGGUGUUACUACAAUUUAUAUCUGGAAGUAUUCAAAGAAACCCAUCAUCCAAUUUCUUGCCAAUAAUAAAACUGUAUGAAUUGCUGUAUCCUGAAAAGGAACCUCUACCUGUGCCUGAUUGCACGAAGGCCCAUUGCACACAUCAGAUGGCUGUAGUGUGUAUUUGGAUGCACUUGUUAAAGAAAGCCGAAACUGAACACAAAACUAUGUCUAUGCCUCAAAAUUUAAAAGUACAGUAUGAGUACCUCCAGCAUUUGUUCACGUCAAAUAACACACCAACAUUGAUGGGCUCGGAUUACCGCAUUGCUUUGCUGUGCAAUGCGUAUUCUACAAACCAGGAAUAUUUCGCCAGACCAAUGGGUGUAAUCAUAGAAACUCUAUUUGGGAGCCAGAAAGCUAUGCCCAAUGGGAAUCCGACUACCCCUUUGCCCACAGUACCAUUGUCCAUGUGCAUACUAGACAGCCUGACCUUGCACUGUAAAAUGUCACUUAUCCACUCCACUGUUACUCAUGUAGCUAAAUUAGCUCAGAAUAAGAGCAAUAUACCAGGAAAUAAUAUGAUGGCACCUGCUUUAGUCGAGACUUAUAGCCGUCUACUCGUUUAUACUGAAAUUGAGUCUAUGGGGAUCAAAGGUUUCAUACAUCAGCUACUUCCGAAUGUUUUCAAAUCUCAUGCUUGGGGUAUUCUUCAUAACCUGUUGGACAUGUUUUCGUAUCGUAUCCACCACGUACAGCCGCACUAUAGGGUGACCCUCUUGUCUAACAUACACUCCUUGGCUGCAUACCCUCAAGCCAAUCAAACACAAUUGCAACUAUGUUUUGAAAGUACUGCGUUAAGAUUGAUAACGAGUUUGGGCAGCUCUGGAGUGCAGUUGCAAAUGUCGAGAGUAGUUUCCGAACCGAAGUCGCUCGUCUCCUCUGAAAGUGAGGAGCUGAAUCGAGUUCUAGUGCUGACUCUUGCUCGUGGGAUCUAUAUGACAGGAGCUGGUAGCGACGGAGCGGCAGUGAAGGAACUCCUAACUACUAUAAUGACAAACACGCCGCACAUGUGGUCCCAACAUACGUUGCAAUGCUUCCCUCCGAUGCUGGUUGAAUUUUUUGCCCAGAAUCCGGCUCCUAAAGAGAAUAAGCAGGUGCUGAAGAAAUCAGUAGAGGAGGAGUACCGCAAAUGGACUUCAAUGGCAAACGACAACGAUAUUAUAUCACAUUUCUCAGUACCGGGCACGCCUCUAUUCCUUUGCCUGCUAUGGAAAAUGAUAUUCGAGACUAAUAGAAUCAAUCCAGUAGCUUUCAAGAUCUUAGAACGCAUCGGUGCCCGGGCGUUGUCGGCGCACUUGCGUAAGUUCUGCGACUACCUCGUGUUUGAGGUGACCAACCCGGCCGGCGGGCCGCACAUCAACAAGUGCGUCGACGCGAUCAACGACAUCAUCUGGAAGUACAACAUCGUUACUAUUGAUAGACUUGUUUUGUGCUUGGUACUACGCCCCAACCCGGACGGCAAUGAGAGCCAAGUCUGCCUCUACAUCAUCCAGCUACUACUGCUGAAAGGCUCUGAGUUAAGGAAUCGAGCUCAGGACUUUGUAAAAGAAAACUCACCGGAACAUUGGAAGCAAAAUAAUUGGUAUGAUAAACAUUUAGCAUUUCAUAGAAAAUACCCAGAAAAGUUCGCACCGGAGGAGGCAAGCAACGCCUACGGAGGCCCAAUUCCUGUGUACCUGAGUAACGUGUGCCUUAGGUUUAUACCCGUUCUAGACAUUGUGGUGCACCGACACCUGGAGAUACCAUCCGUUAGCAAGAAUCUGGAACAACUGCUGGAACAUCUUGGAUAUCUCUAUAAAUUCCAUGAUCGCCCAAUCACGUUCUUGUACAACACAUUACAUUAUUAUGAGUCGAAACUUCGCGACAAGCCUUUAUUAAAAAGGAAAUUGGUGAACGCUGUACUGGGCUCGUUGAAAGAGGUGCGGCCAGCUGGAUGGGCCACCACUGAAGCAUUCCAAGCCUAUCUUGCCAAAACCGACGUGGAAGCAACCGCCUGGACUGGUCCAGACCUCAACUACUACCUUAGUCUAGUCAAUAGAAUGGUAGACACUAUGACUGGCAGCUCGCACUUCCCCAACACAGAUUGGCGAUUCAAUGAAUAUCCAAACCCCUCAGCACAUGCGUUGUACGUGACGUGUGUGGAGUUGAUGUCACUGCCUCUAGCGCCGAAUUUCGUCGGUAACACUCUCCUGGACGUCAUCACCAAAGGUUUUGUUGUAAUACCACCCACUAAGAUCCAACUUUGGAUCAAUGCGAUCGGUCUGAUAAUGGCUGCGUUACCUGAUCCCUACUGGACUGUUCUUCAUGAUCGUAUAAUGGAGUUAAUAACAAAUAAUGAAAUGACGGAAUGGCCAUUCCAACAUUUCAAUCUCACACCAUUCCAACUUUUCAAUCUCACUACAACCAAUGACGCCAUGUUGGAAAACAAAUACAGCUUGACUUUGGCACUGGCUCAUGCCAUUUGGUACCACGCAGGCGCUGGACAGAUUAUGCAAGUACCGCAAUUUAUCAAAGAAAAGCUGUCAGUGGAAGUGCACACUGAGAUUCAGCUUCUGUACCUGUGUCACUUGGUGGGGCCGUUCUUGCAGCGGUUCAACUCGGACUUGUCUCGAGCCGUGAUGGACAUCACUAUCACACUGUACGAGCUGCUGGCACACAUCGACAAGUCCCAGCCACAUCUGCAGUACAUUGACCCUAUAUGCGACUUACUCUAUCACAUAAAAUAUAUGUUCGUCGGCGACACCAUGAAGAACGAAGUGGAGAGUGUUAUUCGCAAACUGCGGCCGGCAUUGCAGAUGCGUUUGCGUUUCAUUACUCAUUUGAAUGUGGAACAGAUAAAUACCGCCUAGCAGAACGAUUACUACAGCUACACGCCGUCUAGUUCGAGCUCCAGCUCGGAAUAAACGGCGUGGCUGUAGUGCCUCAGUGCUAAUUGUGAACAAAGUGAUCAGUGAACACUCCACGAAUAACGAACUGUUUGUCUAUUUUGUGAUUCCAUUGUAACACUAGCGUUUGUUGUUAACAUUCAACUUAUUGGUUGUGAAUCCACACGGCAUACAAACUGAAUUAGUAUAAUAAAGUUAAUACAUCACAAGAGCAACGGAUUGCCUGACUUCUAUAGCAAUAGAUAGUCUAAAUAUAGUCACAUAUUUUCUUAUUAAGCAUUUUACUGUAAAAUAUGUUGGUUGAUAUUUCAACCGGAAUGUAAUGUCUGCAAUAAACUAGUAUAUAGUGAACUAACGAUCGAACGUCAUAUGGACAAAAUCUGGUACAUAAUGUAUUCUUGACAUAAGCAAUUUAGAAUGUUAGGGGAAUAUUUGUAUACAAAUACAUCGUUAUAUUAGAUAGCGAUACAAGAAAUAUGAACACUGCGGUUCAGUGCAAUCAACAUAAUCACAUUAAUGAAUAAGACACCAACUACAUUAAGAUUACUACAAUAGAUAUUGUUACAUCGAAGAUCAUCGAUUUCAGUUUAUCAAAAGAGAUAUCCGUUAUUUUUAGAAUAAUUACCAAUUUACCAUCACCAUCAUAUCUAAUUAGUUUGAAUAAGUCUGAAGAAAUACAAACGCUUAUGUCUUUUAUUGUGGUGUGUAUCUGUGUUGUCGUAUAUUUUGACAUAAUGAUUCUGGUAUGUUUGCUUAAAAUUAACGUGUGUAAGAACGCAAAUGAAAAUUACCUGGUGGUAAAGAAUGAGAUUAAGUAGUAAUGGUAGUUUCGAUAUGUAAUAGAUUAGGCAUAAAUGUGGAUGACUAGAGUUUAUUGUCGACACUAGUAGUCGACGAUAGUAUAAGUAGACUUUGUCAACUGAUGUUGUAAUUGUGCACCAAAAAUCACAGGAACAAUUUACUGUAAUGCCCUUUAAAAUACAAACAAAGAAAUUCUAAAAAAUACUAAAAAUUUAGUAAUGUAGAAGUAUAAAUUAGUUAUACGAGUUAUAAGAAUAAAUGUUGUUUCGCUAGUGCUGAGUAGAUAGCUAUAUUAGGAUACUGAUCAAAGUUUGUUGAAUUUAGAUAUAGAGCUCGAUACGAAUUAAAAGUAAUCGAUCACAAGAAAUGAUAUCGAUAAGCUUAUGUGUCCACAUUAAAUUUUUUGGUAUAAGCUUUAUGUAUAAUAUACUUAAGUUUUAAACAACAUGGCAAGCCAAUCUCUAUUUUUGAAGUUCUAUAUCUAAAAACAAAUAAUAGAACUCUAAUGAUCACAGCAUUGUCCGUCCGUUUAUUUCUCUAUCAAACUAAGUUGUGCGUGAAGCCAGCAAGAUUAUCGAUUUAAUACACAUUUCUUGCGAUUAUAGCAUAUUAUAUGUUGUGAGUUUGUGACGCUUAUAGAUGUUUGACGGUUAUCCAAGAGUAAGUUAUAUUUGUUCCUUUAGUUCAAUUUUUAUUUUCACCAGAACAAAUUAUUCUGUUGCAUAUAUGGUAGUAUUUUUGCCAACAACAUGGAGCUAAUACUAAUAACGAACCCUCAGUGUAGGAGUUGAUUUCAUCAAUUAUUAAGCCAAAUCGGAUAUAAUUAAUAAGAUUUAAUUGAUACAGAAGUAACCAAAUGUUAUUUUAUUAUUUACCAAAUGUAUAUUUUGUUUCAAUUACUUGGUAUGAUAAUAUUUGUUAGUUUGUGUAACUAACCAGUAAAUUGAUUAUUUGAAUAUUUGAUAAUGUAUGACUUAUUAUUUUUAUUUUCAAAUUAAGCACAUUUAUCGUCUCUCACUUAAUUUUUCUAUCACCUAUUUUCGCUUGUAUACUGAAAAAACAUAAAGGUAAGAAAAAUGUUGCACAGCCGAUAAUUUUUGAUGUAAUAACCGAAAAUAAAGGCAUUAAAAUUGUGAUAUUUGCAACCCAAUUUCUUAAUGAUAUUUAAAAUGGUAACUAAACUUAGGUAUGGUACCAAGUACAGGUUAAAUGCAAUAAUAUUUCAGUAGAUUUAAUAUGUAAUAGCGAUAGAGUGUUGUAAUUGAUGCUGUAGUCUUCUGUCUUAGAUCAUCACUUAGCUAUUUUUUAAGAUAAAUUAAAAACGUGAAUAUUGUUUUCACACUAGGAAUUGAAAUGAUUGCCAAUUCGUGCAAAGUAUUAUUAUAAUACCUUGCCAUUACAAAUUUUUCAAUAGUGAGAUACCUCAGGCGACUUAGGAAUAAGUUUAGUAACUUCUCUAUAGAUCGUCGGGGAAAGAUAGAUGUAAUUGUAAAGUUAUGAAAUGCGCAACCUCGCUUUAAAAUUAGAAAUCUAGUAAAUAAAUAAAUAAGCCUUAAUAUAAAGUUGUAAUGAUCAAAAUAAAUAGUGAAGAAAAGUAUGACAAUUUUAUAAUAAAUAUGUAUAAUGCAGAUAUUAUACAUAUCAUUUAGGAAUUGGGUUGUUUGCUGCGAACAGAUUUAAGCGUAACUUUGCAUAAUUUUAUAUAAGUUUUUUAUGUAGUAUUUAUACUAUGUAUUGAACAAAUAAAUAUUUU